GCGCGGCCCGCGCACUAUAAAUACGCAUCGCAGCACCAACAAAUCGUCAGUCGCUCAGCUGCCUUCUCAUCACCCUCAAACAAAACAACUAACUCAACAAAAUGAAACUGUUCAUUGUCGCCGCUCUGUUCGUUGCCGCCGCCAUGGCCGCGCCCGCCACACCCGAUGGCGCCGCACAGAUCGUCACCCAAAACACCGACAACAUCGGCACAGGACCCUACCAAUACGAAAUUGAGACAUCGAACGGCAUCGUCAUCAGAGAACAGGGACAGCUGAAGAACGCCGGCACUGACAACGAAGCGCUUGAGGUACAGGGCCAGUACUCUUACCCCGGCGACGACGGCAUCGUCUACACCGUCACCUACAUCGCUAACGAGUUAGGCUUCCAGCCCCAGGGCGCCCACAUUCCCCAGGCACAAUAAAUAGCUCUAGUAUAACUAAUUAUCUAGUCCAAAAAAUACUCAACUUUCCAACCCCUUCCUUGUAGUACUAUAGAGAAAUCGUAUAGAGCGAUUCUGUGAUACAAACAUGAUACAAAUAAUGUUAAUAAAGAUUAAAUGUACAAUAGUUUAUA